AUGGGCUCAUCGUCAGCGCCAGUGGUUGCCAACAUAUACAUGGAGUGGUUUGAGGGCCAAGCCUUAAUGUCUGCCCCGGUACGACCGCGAUACUGGUGGAGAUAUUAUGUUGAUGACGUAUUCGCAGUCAUCAACCGGGAACAUGUGGCAGAAUUCGUAAGACAUCUGAACUCAGUGCACAGCAGCAUACAGUUUACCACUGAGAAGGAAAAAGAUGGAAUGUUGCCAUUUCUUGACGUCCUCGUACUGGAAAAUAAUGGGUACAACUGGCGUCAAUGUACUCGAAGUAAAAGACGACCAGCAGUUGCGGAACGGACUCCAGCAUUUUUACCCUAUGUGAAAGGAGUAACCGACACCAUCGGACACCUGUUACGCCGUAGAUACAGCAUCAGGACGAUAUUCCGCACACCUGGUCAGUUACGACAUCUACUGCGCUCGCCUAAGGACAAAGAUCCGCUGGCAGUUCCCGGAGUAUACAUGAUACCGUGCGACUUAGCCGAGCAUGCGUGUAGCACGGGCACGGCUCACUUCCUCCGUUUCGACAAGGUCUCAGUACUGGCGAGGGAGAAAUAUUUCGUACCGCGGAAAGUACGUGAGGCCAUCGAAAUAAGCCGUCGUCCGAACUUCAACAGAGACGGUGGCUGGGCAUUACCACCUGCCUGGAAGCCGAGUCUGAAAUCUGCGUCAGACUACAGUGUUGCGGGUCUGGAGUGUGACACAAUAGUUGACUAUUUCUGGGUAAAUCUACACAGUAGGGCUGUCCCCGAUUUACUGUAA